CGCCUGAGGGCUCCCGUAGGCCGCCGCGCAGCAGUCGAGAGUCCGCACCGCAGCCGCCGCGGCCUGCAGCCGGCGUUCGACUGGAUUGGCCAUGGCGGAUAUGGAGGAUCUGUUCGGGAGCGACGCCGACAGCGAGGCCGAACGUAAAGACUCAGAUUCUGGAUCGGAAUCCGAUUCUGAUCAAGAGAAUGGGGCUUCUGGCCGCUCUAGUAAUGCCUCCGGAAGUGAAAGCGACCAGGAUGAGAGAGGGGACUCAGGACAGCCAAGCAAUAAGGAACUAUUUGGAGACGACAGUGAAGAUGAAGUUGCGUCCCAGCAUAGUGGCAGUGAUAACCACUCAGAAAGAUCUGACAAUCCAUCGGAGGCUUCUGAGCGAUCUGACCAUGAAGACAAUGACCCCUCUGACGUAGAUCAGCAGAGUGGCUCAGAAGCCCAUCACGAUGAUGAAGACGAGGGUCACAGAUCAGAUGGAGGGAGCCAUCACUCAGAGGCAGACGGUUCUGAAAAAGCUCACUCUGAUGAUGAAAAAUGGGACAGAGAGGAUAAGAGUGACCAGUCAGAUGAUGAAAAGAUGCAGAAUUCUGACGAGGAGGAGCGAGCGCCGGGAUCUGAUGACGAGGAGAAGGUGCAGAACUCAGAUGACGAGGAGAGACCUCAGCUUUCCGAUGAUGACAGGCAGCAGCUGUCUGAGGAGGAAAAGGCUAAUUCUGACGAUGAACAGCCUGUAGCUUCUGAUAAUGAUGAUGAGAAACAGAACUCGGACGAUGAUGACCGACCACAGAUGUCGGAUGAGGAAAAAAUGCAAAAUUCUGAUGAUGAAAGGCCCCAGGCCUCAGAUGAAGAGCAAAGGCAUUCAGAUGAUGACGAGGAACAGGACCGUAAAUCAGACUCUGCCCGAGGUAGUGAUAGUGAAGACGAAGUUCUACGGAUGAAACGCAAGAACGCCAUUGCCUCUGAUUCAGAAGCAGACAGUGAUACAGAAGUGCCAAAAGAUAAUAAUGGAACCAUGGAUCUGUUUGGUGGAGCAGACGAUAUAUCUUCAGGGAGUGAUGGCGAAGAUAAACCACCUACUCCAGGACAGCCUGUGGAUGAAAAUGGCUUGCCUCAGGAUCAACAGGAGGAGGAGCCAAUUCCCGAGACCAGAAUAGAAGUAGAAAUACCCAAAGUAAACACUGACUUGGGAAAUGACCUCUACUUUGUUAAACUGCCCAACUUUCUCAGUGUUGAGCCCAGACCUUUUGACCCUCAAUAUUAUGAAGAUGAAUUUGAAGAUGAGGAAAUGCUGGAUGAAGAAGGUAGAACAAGGUUAAAGUUAAAGGUAGAAAACACUAUAAGGUGGAGGAUCCGCCGAGAUGAAGAAGGAAAUGAAAUUAAGGAAAGCAAUGCUCGGAUAGUCAAGUGGUCAGAUGGAAGCAUGUCUCUUCACUUAGGUAAUGAGGUGUUUGAUGUGUACAAAGCCCCCCUGCAGGGAGACCACAACCAUCUGUUUAUAAGACAAGGUACCGGUCUGCAAGGACAAGCCGUCUUUAAAACGAAACUCACCUUUAGGCCCCACUCCACAGACAGUGCCACACACAGAAAGAUGACCCUGUCACUUGCAGAUAGAUGUUCAAAGACACAGAAGAUCCGAAUCUUACCCAUGGCUGGGCGUGACCCUGAAUGCCAGCGCACGGAAAUGAUUAAGAAAGAAGAAGAGCGUCUGCGGGCUUCCAUCCGAAGAGAAUCCCAGCAACGCCGGAUGAGAGAGAAACAGCACCAGCGGGGGCUGAGUGCCAGCUACCUGGAGCCCGAUCGCUAUGAUGAGGAGGAGGAAGGCGAGGAGUCCAUCAGCCUAGCUGCCAUCAAAAACCGUUACAAGGGGGGCAUUCGAGAGGAACGCGCCAGAAUCUAUUCCUCGGACAGCGAUGAAGUAUCAGAUGAGGAAAAAGCUCAGAGAUUGCUUAAGGCAAAGAAACUCACCAGUGAUGAGGAAGGCGAACCUUCUGGAAAGAGAAAAGCAGAAGAUGAUGAUAAAGCAAAUAAAAAGCAUAAGAAGUAUGUGAUCAGUGAUGAAGAAGAGGAGGAAGAUGACUGAAGUAAAAACCAUGAAAACAUUUUAUAAAUUUUACUGUACAGUUUGUUUUAUAAAUAUGAUGUAAACAUGAGUUAUUUUGGUUGCAAUGAAUUGAUCUUCCCUUUUGUGUAAUUUUAAUUGUAAUAAAAAAAGUUUAAAA